AAGUCCCUGCAAGAGGGGCGGCUCCGCGUCAGGUGACUGGAGUUCGCGUAGGCGGGGUCGGAGGUCCUGCCCAAUAGGUUGACCUGGGUGUAGGACUGGCCAGUUGGCCCAAAGACCGAUAGGCUGGGGAACCCUGGGCAUCGUUAACUGCGCGGAGGCAGGAUUUCCCUGGGGAGAAUCUUUGCUCAGAGCUUUGCUGACAGCAAGGAUGGCGAGCAAGGGGCCCUCAGCUUCUGCAUCCCCUGAGAACUCCAGUGCAGGGGGUCCCAGUGGGAGCAGCAAUGGUGCUGGCGAGAGUGGAGGGCAGGACAGCACCUUCGAGUGCAACAUCUGCUUGGACACAGCCAAGGAUGCCGUCAUCAGCCUGUGUGGCCACCUCUUCUGUUGGCCGUGUUUACAUCAGUGGUUGGAGACCAGACCUAACAGACAGGUGUGUCCAGUUUGCAAAGCCGGCAUCAGUCGAGACAAAGUUAUCCCACUCUAUGGCAGGGGCAGCACUGGACAGCAGGACCCCAGAGAGAAGACCCCUCCCCGUCCUCAAGGACAGAGGCCAGAGCCGGAGAAUAGAGGGGGAUUUCAAGGAUUUGGAUUUGGAGAUGGUGGCUUUCAAAUGUCUUUUGGAAUUGGGGCAUUUCCCUUUGGGAUAUUUGCCACAGCAUUUAACAUAAACGAUGGGCGGCCUCCUCCAGCUGUUCCUGGGACACCACAGUAUGUGGACGAACAAUUCUUGUCACGCCUCUUCCUGUUUGUGGCCCUGGUGAUCAUGUUCUGGCUCCUUAUUGCCUAAUCCUGGGUCUCUGCCUACACCUAUGGUAGGGCCUCUAGACUGGCGACAUGCCACGGCUUCCUGGAUAAUCCUGAUCUCUGGAACCAGUGGGAUCAAUAACACAUCAAGGAGUCUUCUCCAUCAGAGGUUUGGAACUCAAGACCAGAUGACAAGGACCCCAGUGUCACCACUGCUGUAAACACCCUACUAUAACUUCAAGCCUUGGCAUUGAGUCCUCUCUCAUGGAUGACAGCAUGAAAUCUUGUUGCAGCCAGCUCAGCAGGUUCUGGCUCUGCACAGGGAAGAGAUGGAAAUAGAGAAACUGGCAGAGUACAAUUUCACCUGAAUUUAAUAGUACAAAAACAAAAAGAUGAGCCAAAUGGUAUUUGGAAACUUUCUUUCAUCUCUUUAAAUACCCCUUGAUAAGUUGCCUCCAAAGCCAGUGGGGGCUCCUUAUACAGUGAAGUUCUCCUUCCAAACUCCCCCUCUUUUUCCUCAGCAGAGGUGCAAGAAAUGCAAGAACUUGCUAUCCCAUAAAGAUCAUAAUUGCAGCCCCUAAAGUUGGAGUCAUAUCAUAAAUUCAACAGAGAACCAAAGAUCUCUUAAUGGCUCUGAGCCGUGCUGCUCAGUGUCUUUGGCCCCAGAGAGCAGCUUGAACGUCCUCCUAGUUUCCUGGCAUAGAUUAUCCCUGGUGAGACAUGUGGCUUCACUCUCAGAUUUCCCACCAGCUUUCCCUAUAAAACUAUGUGUGUCUGUGUGUCUCUGCCAGAGAGCAAACCACUGAUGCAGGGACAACCGCUAGGCUGCAGAGGCUGAAGUGCAUCCUCUCCCAGAACCCACCCAGAGGAAACUGGGGGCUUUGUCAGGUCAGCACAGCUGCAUAUUGAAGACCACCAUCCUCAGAAGCCAAAUUGUCCUUUGUGAAGUGGUAGGGGGAGGGGAGGCCCUUGAUUUCGAUAUGACUUGAUGAAUUUCCCUGAAACUCCUUCUACAUGUGCUAAAACCAGGCAAGCAUGUGACUCCCGUACAAACCCCAUAUGAUUUGUAAAACCAUGUAGCAAGGCUUAGGGAGUCCCACCAUAAUGGUCCAUGAUCUUCCUUCCUGUGGAAUCCAGAAGAAAUUAUUCAUCCCAAGUCUUUGAUUUGUUUUUCAAUUUUAUAGGCCCCCUCCUCUGAAUCUUAUCAAGGGAGUGUAGUGCCAGGCAGGUAGGACAGUUCACCUCGUGGAAUGGUUCUUGCUCUGCCUGCCAGUCCUCAUCCAGCCUCCUCCUGGAGAUCCCUAAAGGUGGGAGGAGAUGACUUCCUCUGAGACGCUGCUCCUGCCUCUAACCCUCAGCAAUAGCCAACAAAUGGUAGGAAGCCCCCCAUAGUGCUUUUUCCCAGAUAAUGGCUUUGCAUACUUUGCAGUAACAAAGCCCUUGAGGAAGAUGAAGGAAGCUCUCCCCUCUCUACAAUCCCCAUCCUUUCUCCUUUGCACCUAUCAAUACCAGAGUUCAGUGUUUAAACCAAGUAUAAAGUAUUGAAUAGGAGGUUCAUUUGCCGAAUCCACUGAUAGGAAUUAGCCAUCAGCUGCACAGUGUGCCUGAUGGAUUUUAAACAUUCCUGGGCACCCACUCAAGAGCACUCUUUUUAUCAUCUUGUGGAAAUCCCCAAAGUCAGAUUGGCCCCUGAAGUUUCUUUGCCCUAGAGAAAAGUAAUGGGAUUCCCUCAGUACAGUGGCCCCAACUAUUAGAAGAGAGGAUUUAAGUCAGACGGGCCCAGCAAAAACAUGUUUCCAGAAGAAAGAUUAAACAAUUGUGGGUAGGAAGAUGAAUCAUUUGGACUCUAAUGAAAUGACGUGAGCCAGGAGAGCUCCACCAACAAAGGCAUCCUUGAAACCUGUUAGCAAAAUCAGGAUGGCCAUAUGCCCUUUGAUUUUCGAACCUUUCAGGCCUCUACUAACCUGUGAAUUGCUGGGGCAGAGAAGCCAACUUGGGAAUGCUGACUUGAGCCCCUGCUCCCACCCCUAUGCAGGUUCACCACAAAUCCCUCUGCCAAGGCAACUUUCCUUUCUUUUGUGUGUGUUUUGUGUGUUCUUGGCCUAUACCCUCCUGCCACCCUUGUGGACUUGAACCACAGUCAGAAAAUAUGUACAAUGGCACACCUUAACUAGUCACUAAUUUUCACUGUUGUGAAAGUGAUUUGAUCUAGGAUUAAACAAAUGGUUUUACAUUA